AUGGUACUGGAGGAUGUAACUGAAUAUGACAAUACUGCUGAAGGCAAGAAAGCGUCGAAACUUGAUCAGAUCCUUUUAAAUGGGAACAAUAUCACAAUGUUGAUUCCUGGUGGAGAAGGACCAGAAGGGCAGUCAAAUUGA